CAACGACUGAUACAAGUCUGUUUAAGUUGAUUAAAUCAAUUGGACAAACUUCAUAUAAUGGAUGCAAUUCAAUGGAAAAGUGUUCUAUGAAGUUUAGUGAAAAUAGAAGGAAAGUAGAUUUUCCUUCAAAUAUUGUAAUGAUUUUUUAUUAACUAAUUGAAAUAUGGCCCACAAAGAAACUAUGCAACCAAGCCUUUUUAAGGAAGCUGCUAUACAGAUUGGAGCAGGAGGCUUUGCAGGUUUUGUAGAAGCUUCCAUAAUGCAUCCUAUGGAUCUGAUUAAAACACGCUUCCAACUGCAGGUCAAAAUCAGUCAACAUGAUACUGUGUAUUAUACAGGAAUUGGGGAUUGUAUGAAAAAAAUGUAUAAAAAUGAGGGACUUGCAGCUUUUUGGAAAGGUAUAUUACCACCAGUUAUCAUGGAAACUCCCAAAAGAGCUGUAAAAUUUUUUUCCUAUGAACAAUAUAAGAAGGUUUUAAGCAAUAAGACAUCAAAACAAAUGGUGCAUUAUUAUGCAGGCCUUUUAACUGGUAUAACUGAGGGUAUUUUGGUUAAUCCAUUUGAAGUAGUUAAAGUACAAAUGCAGUCUAAUCGUAAACGUAUCAGUGACAUGCCAUCUACUUUUGCUGUGACUCGACAAAUUAUUUCUCAACAUGGCUUAGGGUUGAAUGGGCUUAAUAAAGGAUUAUCUGCCACAAUAAUGAGAAAUGGUGUUUUUAAUGCAUUUUACUUUGGAAUAUACAAUUCCAUUGUUCCUAAAUUACAGAAACAAACAGAUUCUAUUUCAGACUUCUUUAUUAAGUUCUUUGCUGGUUUCGCGUCAGGUACAUUAGCAUCUUGCAUGAAUAUACCUUUUGAUGUUGCAAAAAGUCGUAUUCAAGGUCCUCAAGGUGAUAUAGUAUACAAGGGUACCUUACAAACUAUUUACAUAGUUUAUCAUAGAGAAGGAUUUAAAGCUUUAUAUAAAGGGUUAUUACCGAAAGUUUUACGAUUAGGACCAGGUGGUGCCAUUAUGCUUAUAGUAUACGAAAAAAUGAAAGUAUAUCUUACUAUGCACUUUGGCGAUUAGUUCGAAUUUUAGCCUACCAUAUAGACUAAAUGAUGCAUUUUUUAUUAACUUUAUCAGAAAAGUUAUACAGGAAUAAUGUUCCUAACAUUUGAGAUUCAAUUUUAAACUUAGCAUUAUACACCAGUUGUAUUUGCAACAUUUAAUAGUAUGUUUAAUUAGUCUUUUUUACUUUUAAACAAGUUUAUAUGAUAAAUAAGUAAUUAUAAGAAA